GAGAUUCUUGACACUUGAAUAGAUGCUAAAUAUUACGACACACACGGAUACUCUUCUUCUCACACGAAACACACGUUUUAACGCGUAGCAACUUGACAUUAUCUUCCUUCCUACUUUUCAUUCAAAAUUCGACCAUGACAGAAGGGACUAAAAUGGUAGAAAGCGACACGGCGGACAAGGAUGCGGUCCCCGCCGGGGCGCCGGUGGAGGAGAAGAAGGAGAACGGGGACAGCAAAGUGACAGUGCCGGAGCAAAGCGCGGCUCCCGGAGCGGAGGAGCCCACCUUUGUGCACCCGGAGGGCGGCUGGGGCUGGCUGGUCAUGCUGUCCGCCAUGUGGUGUAAUGGGUCGGUGUUCGGGAUCCAGAAUGCCUUCGGUAUUCUCUUCCUCUCGCUCCUGCGGGAGUUCGGUUCCGAGGACGACGAUGACCUCCGUUUCAGGACAGCGUGGGUGGGCUCCCUCUCCAUGGGGAUGAUAUUCUUCUGCUCGCCCAUUGUCAGCGUCUUCACUGAUAUCCUCGGAUGCAGAAUCACCGCCGUCGGAGGAGCUGCCGUCGGCCUGGUGGGCCUCCUGGCCAGCUCUUUUGUCACGUCCCUGGGCCCCAUGUACUUCACCUACGGCAUUGUGUUUUCCUGUGGCUGCUCCUUUGCCUACCAGCCCAGCUUGGUCAUCCUGGGCCACUACUUCAAAAAGCGUCUCGGCCUGGUGAACGGCAUUGUGACCGCCGGCAGCAGCAUCUUCACCAUCACCCUCCCCUUCGUGCUGUCGGGCCUGUUGGACAGAGUGGGCCUGCAGAACACCAUGCGUGUCCUCUGCAUCCUCAUGUUUGUGCUCAUGCUGGCCGGCUUCACCUACAAGCCCCUACUGCCGGUCAAGCCCAGAAGCACUCGUGGUUUUUGUCCACCCAUGAGCCAGAUCUUCAAUUUCAACAUUUGGAAGUCUGUGGGGUAUCGCAUAUGGGCUUUCGGCAUCCCGGCAGCGCUUUAUGGCUACUUUGUGCCUUACGUUCACCUGAUGAAGCAUGUCGAGGAGCGCUUUGGGGAGGAUUCCAACAAAGAAGUUCUGCUCAUGUGCAUUGGCAUCACGUCCGGUGUAGGCCGUCUCAUCUUUGGCAGGGUUGCAGACUACAUUCGUGGGGUCAACAAAGUCUACCUGCAGGUGACUUCCUUCUUUGUGAUUGGCGUCAUGUCGAUGAUGAUCCCGCUGUGCAACAUCUUUGGAGGACUGAUUGCGGUGUGUCUGCUGAUGGGGAUGUUUGACGGCUGCUUCAUCUGCAUCAUGGCUCCUAUUGCCUUUGAACUGGUCGGCGCCGGCGAUGUCUCCCAAGCCAUUGGCUUCCUCCUGGGCCUCAUGUCCGUGCCCAUGACUGUGGGGCCCCCAAUUGCAGGCUUCCUCAGGGAUAGACUGGGGAACUACGACUUGGCUUUCUACCUGGCAGGUAUCCCCCCGCUCAUCGGUGGAGCCAUGCUGUGUCUGAUACCCUGGGUGGAGGCCAGGAGCAAGAAACGGCAGAAAGAGGAAGCUCUCAAGAACGGGCAGGACAUCAGCCAGAAGAUGUUAGACCACGACAGGCCUCAGGAAGAGCCGCAGUGCAAAACCGGAGAGUCGGUCCUUUAAUGAACAAACGGAGUGAGACCAAUUACCAAAGAUCAGAACCUGUGCCUUUCAGUAUCAGAAGGUCCGCCAAUAGGAAAGUGUGGAAGCGUAAGAAGCAGGAAGUGCUUGAAUUUAACAUGAAUGUGAUCACCAGGAACUAUGCAAUACAUCUCGAAAUUCCACUCGACUCAUCAGUUUGAAAAUGUGAGGCUUUGGUCAUAAAAGGAAAGCACAGCUGAAAGGAAAGCAGUGUGAUGGCCACCAUUUUAACCUGCCGUCACUUCCUUGUUCAUCUCUUGUUGAAGAUAGACGACACACACACACUAACGGGAAAAACACUAUCAUUUAUUUCCGGACAGGAGCAUCAACAUUAGAAAAAAAAAAGGAACGUGGUUCUGCGGGACUUAGGCUGUGUCUCAAUUCGUGUGCUUCCGUACUUACACUUAGUCUUUUGAGUGCCGCCCUCAAUAGUCACCAUCUUGGCUACGUAGCAGAAGGGGACGGGCUACAGCAGAUCCUCGCUUUUCGAGAGGAUUACUUUCCAGGACCACCUGCGAUUGGUGAAAAAACGCGAGUAAUUGAUUAAGUCGCGACUCACUUUUAUUUACUGUAAGUCGAACCAAGUCUGUCAGAUUUUCAAACAUGAAUACACGUAAUUACAUGUGCAAAAGUGCUUUUUAGAGGAAUUCAUGGAGGUGUUUUAUUAACUCAUUCAAUCCCAGCCAUUUUUCAAAAGACAACCCCUUCAUUACCGGCCAUUUUAGAUGAUUUUGACUGAUUGCCAAGCACACAGAAUAUUGUGUUCUAUGGCUAUAUAAACAUGGAACCUACCAAAAGAAAGAUUAGACUCACGUCUUUCGUCAGAAAAAAAAAGUUUGUUUCUACCUUUAUCCGUUCUUCAGUAAUCAGCAGUAGAACAUAGGUAAGUUUCAGGAAAAUAUCAGUUCCCAACUAGAAAAGGUGAGAAAAGCAGCUUUUUGUGAAAAGAUGCAUUUCAAGCAUAACUUUCACUUUGACAUGAAUAUUUUUUGCUUUUGUGACAGCUCAAAUAUCUAAACUAUACCAACAUAACACAAAAAAGGGCUGUUUUACAUCAAAAUAACUAUUAUAGCACAAAUAUAACACCAUGAACUAUUUACAAUUUUCACGUCUGUGUGUGUGCAUGUGCGUGCACGCGCGUGUGUGCAUUUGCAUGCGUUAAAAUUCCGUCUACAUGAUUUUGCCGAGCUCUUAUCAAAUGCACUUCUGCCACCUUGUGGCCGUUUUUAUGGCUUCAAAUUGCUCUGAAGUGAAAUCCAUCAGUGGGGAGUUGCGUCGUCACCUCUUUUUGCUUCUCGCGCAAAAAAACAUAAAAUACGUAUAAAGACCACAAUAUUUUUCACUGAUUACUGUGCAAUGAGUAUACAGUAGUUCCUCGACACUUUGAGUUUCAAAUUUUGCGGCUUCGCUCUUAUCACGUUUUUUUUUUUUUAUAUAUUAAUAAAUCAUGCUGCUUUGUGGUUGAAUACGGCCUAUAGCACAUGUGCAUAUUUCAACAAAUUUUACAUAUUUCUUGCCUAAAUGAAACAUUUUCAAGCAUAAAAAUUAACUAAAUGAAAUACAAUACAAAUACAGUCAAACCUGUCUAUAGCGGCCACUGAAGGGAAACGGCAAAAGUGGCCGCUAUAGACAGGUUGGUGGCCAUUUUGAAUUUGUGCGCACACAUAUUAACAUGUAUUCCCAAAAAGACUGGAGCAAAACCAAGAGACAUAGGGGAAAACGCUCUGUUGACACAUAAACAGGUAGGUAAAUCUACGUAACAGCUCCGGUGAGGAAACUAGUAAUAUCAAUAACAACAAUGAACCAGCGCCGCACAUUUGACGGCGCUGGCCUUUUAUCCGCCACAAAUGUUAAUUGACCGCAGCUGCGCGGCCACCGGGCAUGAAGCGGCUGCCUCUUCCUCCGCGGAGAAGGCAUAGCCCGCCAAAUAAGAGCGCAGGACAGGGGACGCUCGCUCCUGUCCUGCAGAACGUCACAAAUUUCCAUCAUUGAUUUGAUUUUAAACACGAUUUUAAAAGCAAGAAAUAAAAAAUUUUAGUGAACGAGCCCGAGGAUAUAUGUACAGGAUACAUGUGAAGCAGUCAUGAAAGGGUGUGUGCGUGAACAAUUGAGUGCGGAGGAGGUGCGACGAUUGUCGUAAACUAACAAUACCAUCGCUCCUUUCUUAUUGAAUGGACUUCUAAUCUUUAAUUAGUCGGCAAUUAAGUGAUAUUUUAGAUGUUUUAUUCAGGUGUUUUGGCUAUUUUAGUGGGAAGAUUACCGUUUUGGGCGUCAUUGAAUGUUUUCAGGGUGGCAUUGCAAAGUAAGAAGACGGCUUUUUUAUGUCGAACUAGGACUCAGUAAUUAAAGUCUACACACGACGGCUUCAUUGCUUAAAAAACUAAACUUUUUCGUGCAUGAAGCUUCUGCUUGAGUCGGCAUUUUGGCCGCUAUAUGCGGUCAGAUAUUGACCAAGGGAUACAAAAUGGGUGGCCGCUGGCCGCGUUAGACAGGUGACCGCUAUACACAGGGUCCAUAACACGUAAAUUUUCCACGGGGGAAUUUUUCAGUGGCCGCUAUAGGCAGGUGGCCGUUCUAUACAGGUGGCUACUAAGACAGGUUUGACUGUAUAAGGCAUUCAGAAGACGCAUUCAAAGAUGUUGUGAUGCUAUGUAGUAUUCUACACUGGUCACGAGGUGUUUCUGUAAUGUUGGCUGAGACACACAAGCACCAGACAUGAUCGCCGCCAUCAGUUCUUGUCCUCCCCCACUCAGCUCCCCUAGCACCUGAACACAUUUACAGCAACACACACGCGCGCAAGUCUUGUUCAUGUUUUAUAUGUCUUAUUUUCUGUUAUUAUGACUACCAUAUUUAGCAAUAGGAGUGUAAAGGUGACUAUGGGGGUGUUAUUUCAUGCCAAGAGCGCUCUAAAAAUGAAUGUUUUUUUAUGCUCUAACUACUGUACUAUAUGUGCCCUGCGAUUGGCUGCCGACCGGUCCAGGGUGUACCCCGCCUCUCACCCGAAGUCAGCUGGGAUAGGCUCUAGCAUACCCCCGCGACCCUAAUUAGAUAAAGCGGCAUAGAAAAUGGAUGGAUGGACAUGAAGAAACAAUUCCAGGCAUAUAGUAUACAGUAUUUUACUUACAAAACAUGCAGUUACACAACAUCAUGUCUAGUCAAGGCAUCUUCUUGUUGGAAAAGGUUGAGGGAAUCGACUUGUGAGACAGCGCCCUCUGCUUUUUUAGCCCUUUUUACAAGCUUCUAAAUACGUUUUUUAACAUUAUUCAAGCCCUCUAGACAUAAAUGACACCUUUACACUCGUAUUACCCAAUACCAGACAUAAUAAGAGAAAAUAAGACACAAUAUAGACUCACACAUGUUUGUAUUGGUAGAGUUCCUUCUUUUUUUUUUUUUUUUUUUUUUUUUUUUUUUACUUCCUGUUCUGUACGGUACUUCCUGUGGUGGCUAUUGUCUCAUCAAUGUAACAUUACUGAACAUCUUUGAAUGAAUAUUCUGACUGCCUUAUAUCUGUAUUUUACUUCAUUUAGACAUAUUUAUGCUAAAAAUAAUGCUUAAUUUAGGCAAAAAAUAUGUCAUAUUUGCUUAAAUAUGCAUGUCUUUGACUAAUACUAGGCCGUAUUCAAGUAGUGAUUUAUUUAUUAAUGUAUUUUUUAAGUACUGAUAGAGUGAAGCCGCAAAAGUGGUGAGGGACUGCUGUGUUUACAAUCAAAAGCAGGGAAAAGAAAUCCGGAUUUGGGGCGGUACUACAUUGUCAAAAUUCGCACUCUGUGUACACAGUAUUGACGUGUACUGACGGAAGUAUUCAAUUGAAGACACAGCCUAAGUUUGCCUCACGUUAUCAUCUAUUGUCUUCGGACAGGAUUCAUCUACUAGAUUAAAUCUCAACAAAUCUACUAAAGCAUGAAUUUGUCCCACACAGCAAGUAGUUUAAAUGCAACAUCAAUAUCUGCCCUUUAGACCGCACGGUAGGUGUGGUGGUAGUACUGGCGUAAUAUGACAAGGACUGCCGACAGCACAAAGACUCGCACGUUGCUGCUGUCAGAUGUGUUCAUUCUGUCCGCAUUUCACACCUUUCAGUCGUGCGUGGUGUGUAAUGACAACACAUUGCGUGUGGAUUUAUCAAGAUGUUGUACAGGAAGUCAAGAAAACAAACAAGAUGCACAUUUGACUAAUUAUCGACUUGAAGGUCGGGUUAAGUCAAUCAUUGCCUGGAAGCGCAGUUUACCAAACGUCAAUUUUUUUUUCAUGUAUUUAUUUUUAUAUAUCAAAAUGUCAGGCAGUAAUUCAUGGGCAUUUGCUUAUUUACUUAAGACCAAAUGUGCUGAAAUGACUGAAAAUCCUUGCGACCACACACAGUAGAGAUGACAUCAAUGUGUUUUAUUAUUGCAAUGAUUGCUUUUUUUUUUCUUGCUUCAUAAACCUGUGACACGUUACCUCAGGUGUGGGAAAAAGUAGAGCUGCACACACAUUUCCGUCCUUGUGGAAUAUUUCUUUGAUGAGGCUUGACAAUCCAUUUGAUGACUUUGUGACUGACUUUAGAGCAGGGACAUUCGGAUCGGAGAGUUGGGAAUUUUCAAAAAUGUAUUAAGCCAGGGGUGUCCAAACCUCUUCUGGAAAAACUGAAGUAUGCGGGGGCCACUUUGAUACAUUUUGUGAAUUAAAAGAUCCAAUGUAGGUUGCUAAAUAUCGUUAAGGACAUACGAAAUAGAGGCGGAGUCAUUUUUACAAUUUUUUUUAUUGUACAAUUGUAAUUAAUACAUUUCCUGAUUAUCCAAUUAUUAUAUAAAUAUCACUUUUUUUAUAUUCAUUUGAAUUUUUUGGUCCAAAGUCAAAAAUAUUAGACCAGGGGUGUCCAAAUUUUCAAAAUUUUACCAAGGGCCACGUUGAUAUAUUUUUUUAAAGGCUAAAAACAAUCAAAUAAAUUGUAUAUUUAAAGAAAAGUAUUUUUUCUUCUUUAUGCAUUUUUUGCUUUUUUUUUUCUUCCCAUUUUUCUUAUUGUGUUUUUGAAUCUACAAUUUAAAAAAAAUUAACAAAUAAUUUCUGGCUAGUGUCAUUUUAUUUAUUUAUUUAUUUAUUUUUUACAGUAAAUUAAAGGCAAUUAGAAGACUGACUCAAGUUGUUUUAUCGGCACAUUUUUUUCAGUUAUUCUUGACUAUUCAAAUCAAGUCCAGUACUUUUUUCUAUUCAUUUGGGCACCCCUGUAUUAAACAAAUGCAUUCAUGAUGAACCUGUCCAAACAUAAUACACAGUAAACACAGGCCUGAGUCACUUGCAGACUUACAAGUAUACAUAUAAAAACUUGACUGAUAAAAGGCCAUAAAGGAAUAAUCAGAGGCAAAUAAUAACUGUUCUGUCUUAAUUCACCCAACAAAUUGCUCUUGCAGCAACGUGUUUACAUAUUCUGAUCACUGUUCAGUGUAUCAUUAAAGAAUCAUUUGCAUUUUGAAUCAUACUUUGUUAAAUGUACUCAGGUUUAUACUGCUAUCGACCAAUCCUUGCUAAAUUGCUGAAUGUAUUUGUCGUUAUUUUAUUUGACAUCCCUGCCGCUCGUAGAGAAAGUGCACCAGUGGACGUUUUCUUUAUAAAGUGCCUUAGAAAAGUGCCUUAUUUUUGUUUUAAAAGUGUUUCAAGACACGUACAAUGCUUUCCCGAGUUUGGAAGCGUUUGCGGUGACUUUAUUGCUUUUUGUUUUGUAUUACUUGCCUUUCAUCUGUUAUCAGUGUUUGUGUGCAGUUUGGACUUGUAAGUGCAGACUCAUGUUCUGCGCAGCUACUUUCGUCCAUUUUUAUCGAGUCCGAGAGAGCCGUGGUCAUUUUAUUGUUGGCAGCAGGAUAAUGAUGACACUAUAAAAUGCAUUCUAUGUCAACUGUCCAAUAUCAUUAAACGCAAUGUUUUUCUGUGA